AUGUCGUCCUCAUCCGCGACGCUAACACGUCUCAUAGUCGUGCUAACAUUAGCGACAGCGCUGCGCGUGCUCCUUUUCCCCCUUUCAAAGUCUUUGGAGCUGGCACGCAGACCAGAGCUAUCAGUGCCCAUCAGCUCCCUCUUCGCCCUACGGGAAGCAUCAUGGUUGCAUUCGCGAUGGAUCGCCGCAGGCUCCUCAUCGCAUGCUCAUCCUUACGCUGGCGAUAAUCCCGUAUCACCGUUGUUGGUGUAUGUGCUGGAGUCAUUCUUGGGAGACGAGCACAAGGAGAUCUGGCUAUGGGCCACGGUGGACUUGGUUGCGGGACUGGUGCUGGCUAGCUGCGCAGCUGUGCGAAGCAGGAACAGCGUCAAGGGGAUGUUACAAGGCUCACCUGCGCUUGGUCCCGAUGUCGCCGCUGCAUUAUACCUCUUCUCUCCUUACACCAUUGCGUCGUGCCUUGCCAAAUCAGCCUCACCAUUGACCAAUCUUCUGGUCUUGCUCAGCACACUCGGUGCAUUGACAGGCUCUCGUUUACUGACAACGACUGCUCUGGCCGGCGCAACGCUGUCAUCAUUGACUCCCAUCCUGCUCGCGCCUCCUCUUCUGAUGCUCUGCGCUCAACGAUCCCCUUCGGCACGGCCGAUUCUGCAUGCCUCCUUGACUUCUUUGGCACUUCUCGCAACGCUGAGCGGAGGACUCUACGCCUCCUAUCACCUCUCCGGUUCAUCUUGGCGAUUUCUGGAGCGCGUGUACAGUCCCAUCAUUCUGCUCCCCGACUUGACGCCCAACAUUGGUCUAUGGUGGUACUUCUUCAUCGAAAUUUUCGAUCAUUUCAGAAAUUUCUUCUUGCUGGUCUUCAACGUCCAUCUGGCUUCCUAUACCGCUCCCAUGACUAUCAAGUAUUCUUCGGACCCUUUGUUCGCUGUCACCGCUUUGAGUGGGGUGAUCAGCGCAUUCAAGAGCUACCCAACAAUGGGCGACACUUCUCUUUUUCUGGCGCUCGUGGCUCUCCAUGUAGAUUUGCUGCCAUAUUUGCGCUAUCCUACAGUGUCUGUGCUUCUGUACCUCUACGCCACCCUGCUCCUUCCCACCUUUCACCACUUGUGGCUUCAGGCAGGCUCAGGCAACGCCAAUUUCUACUAUGCGAUCACACUGGUCUGGGGUCUCGCACAAGGCUCACUGCUGCUCGAUCUCAUGUGGGCGUGGGGCAGAGCGGCGUGGGAAAGGCAAAGACCCAGGAUAUCGCCUGCUCAGGCGCUAGCUGAUGAAAAGAUUGCCAUGCUGCGAGCCAAAGAAUCGCUCGUGCCGCAAAAGCUCGUGCGAGACGUCAUACAAAUUUGA